UCUGUUUGGAGAGAAUGAAAUCUCUUCAAUCUCCUUCAACUUUGAAGGCCUAAAGAAAAUUAAAAUUAAAGGAAAAAAAAAAAUCAUAAAAAGAAAAACGUUAACAAAAUGGCACCCACACGGCGCACGUUAGCACUUAGCGAUGCUUCCUACACCGUCUGUGUCACCUACGGUCCUUCUCGUUCUCUCACUAUCCUCCGCACCCCCUUAACCUUUCUUCUCUCCUCGCUUCUUCUUCUUCUCUCUCAUAAUAACACAAUUCCUAUUAGGGUUUCAUAUUUUAUUUUUUCUCUCUCUCUACAAAAGAAAAGGAGAGAACAAAAGUCUGUCUUAUGUUCUUCAAAAGCCUAAGCUUUCAUGGAAAACAGGAGACAAGCCAAGGACUCGCUUUCUUACUCCAAUUUAUUCAAUCUUGAGAUUGGAUUAAUUUGUUAAUUUUGGGAUUCGUCUUUGGUGAACUUCAGAGUUCCACAACCUGAUGAUGAAUUUGAUUAUUAUGGGAGUAGUAGUCAGGAUGAGAGCAGAGGUAGCCAAGGUGGAGCAAUGGCGAAUAGGAAUCUAUCAGAGAGGGAAUUGAAUUCGGUGAAGAGAAAGAGGCGGUAUAACAACAGCGAGGGAGAGGAGGAAGAUAGACAUUUCAGGGCACGCAUUACAGAGGAUAAGUAUCGCUCAAUGCUGGGAGAACAUAUUCAGAAGUACAAAAGGAGGUAUAAGGAUCCCUUGCCAAGUCCUGCUCCUCCUCCUCCCCGUAUGGGGAUUCCCAUUCCAAAGAGUAGUUUGGGUGGUUCAAAAACUAGGAAGCUCGGGAGUGAGCAGCGAGGAGGGUUACAUGACAUGGAAACCACGUCUGAAUGGGCCAAUGACAUUACUCCAUCAAAACGCAGAGACUACCAUGAACCGGAGUUUACACCCAAAAUAUACUAUGAACCUCCUUAUUUGGAUAUUGGGGAUGGUGUCACUUAUAGGAUACCCCCCUCUUAUGAUAAGCUUGCAGCAUCAUUAAACUUGCCAAGCUUCUCAGAUAUGCGGGUGGAGGAAUUUUACUUGAAGGGCACCUUAGAUUUGGGUUCCUUGGCAGCAAUGAUAGCCAAUGAUAAAAGGUUUGGGCCUAGAAGCCAAGCAGGGAUGGGAGAGCCCCAAUCACAAUACGAAUCACUUCAGGCAAGAUUGAAGGCAUUGACAGCUUCUAGCUCAGCUGAGAAAUUCAGUCUCAAGAUAUCUGAAGAGGCAUUGAAUUCCACAAUCCCAGAAGGAGCAGCUGGAAAUAUAAGACGCUCUAUUUUGUCAGAGGGUGGUGUAAUGCAGGUUUACUAUGUUAAGGUUUUGGAGAAAGGAGACACAUAUGAGAUCAUUGAGCGGGGUCUACCUAAGAAGCCAAAGAUAAUUAAAGACCCUUCCAUCAUUGAGAGGGAGGAAAUGGAGAAGAUUGGCAAGGUUUGGGUAAACAUUGUCAGAAGAGACAUACCUAAGCACCAUAGGAUUUUCACUACGUUGCAUCGAAAGCAACUAAUUGAUGCCAAGAGGUUCUCAGAAAAUUGUCAAAGAGAGGUCAAAAUGAAGGUCAGUAGAUCACUCAAAAUAAUGAAGGGUGCUGCGAUUCGCACUAGGAAGUUAGCUAGAGAUAUGCUGCUGUUUUGGAAGCGAGUGGAUAAGGAGAUGGCAGAGGUGAGGAAAAAGGAGGAAAGAGAAGCAGCAGAAGCUUUGAAGCGUGAACAAGAGCUCCGGGAAGCAAAAAGACAGCAGCAAAGGCUCAAUUUUCUCAUACAACAAACAGAACUCUACAGUCAUUUCAUGUCAAACAAACCAAGUUCACAGCCCUCAGAAGCUUUGCCAAUUGGAGAUGAAAUGACAGAUGAUCAAGGAAUGGAUUUGAGCACUGCUGAAGCAGGGCCUGAUGAUCAGGAAGAAGAUCCCGAGGACGCUGAAUUGAGAAAAGAGGCUCUCAAAGCUGCUCAAGAUGCAGUCUCGAAGCAGAAAUUGUUAACAAGUGCUUUUGAUAUUGAGUGUUCAAAGCUGCGUGAAGCUGCUGAUAUUGAGGGACCUAUAAAUGAUGCCUCAGUUGCAGGAUCUAGCAACAUUGAUUUGCAGACACCCUCCACCAUGCCUGUUACAUCAACAGUUCAGGCACCGGAGUUGUUUAGAGGUAGCCUCAAAGAAUAUCAGUUGAAGGGUCUUCAGUGGCUGGUUAAUUGUUAUGAGCAGGGUUUAAAUGGUAUACUUGCUGAUGAGAUGGGCCUUGGAAAGACUAUUCAAGCCAUGGCAUUCUUGGCUCAUUUAGCUGAGGAAAAAAAUAUUUGGGGUCCUUUUCUGAUUGUUGCUCCAGCUUCUGUCUUGAAUAACUGGGCUGAUGAAAUCAGUCGCUUCUGCCCUGACUUGAAAACCCUUCCAUAUUGGGGUGGGCUUCAAGAGCGGAUGGUACUUAGGAAAAACAUUAAUCCAAAGCGCCUUUACCGAAGGGAUGCUGGUUUUCACAUUCUCAUUACCAGCUAUCAAUUGCUAGUGUCUGAUGAGAAGUAUUUUCGGCGUGUGAAAUGGCAAUACAUGGUAUUAGAUGAAGCCCAGGCUAUUAAAAGUGCUAACAGCAUAAGAUGGAAGACAUUGCUCAGUUUUAAUUGUCGUAAUCGCUUGCUGCUGACUGGUACACCGAUUCAGAAUAACAUGGCAGAAUUGUGGGCCCUUCUGCAUUUCAUCAUGCCGACAUUGUUUGACAGCCAUGAACAGUUCAAUGAGUGGUUUUCUAAAGGAAUUGAGAACCAUGCAGAACAUGGGGGUACAUUAAAUGAACACCAGCUAAACAGAUUGCAUGCAAUUCUUAAGCCUUUUAUGCUGCGUCGAGUGAAGAAAGACGUGAUUUCCGAGUUAACAAGGAAAACAGAAGUUAUGGUGCACUGCAAGUUGAGCUCUCGACAACAAGCUUUCUAUCAAGCUAUUAAGAACAAGAUAUCUCUUGCUGAGUUGUUUGAUGGCAACCGUGGACAUUUCAAUGAGAAGAAAAUUAUGAAUCUAAUGAACAUAGUCAUUCAGCUGAGAAAGGUUUGCAACCAUCCAGAAUUGUUUGAAAGGAAUGAGGGAAGCACAUAUUUCUAUUUUGGAGAGAUUCCCAAUUCUUUUCUUCCCCCUCCUUUUGGGGAGUUGGAGGACAUACAUUAUUCAGGAGGUCGAAAUCCUAUCACAUACAAGGUGCCAAAAGUAGUCCACAAUGAGAUUGUCCAAAGUUCCGAGGUUCUUUGCUCAGCGAUUGGACGUGGUGUUGGCAGAGAGUCAUUUCAAAAGCACUUUAACAUAUUCUCUCCUGAAAAUGUGUAUCGGUCUGUAUAUGCACAGGACAAUAUCUCAGAUAGAUUGCUUAAGAGUGGGACAUUUGGUUUUACCCAUUUGAUGGAUUUGUCCCCAGCAGAGGUUGCAUUUCUGGCAACUAGUUCAUUUAUGGAGAGGCUGUUGUUUUCUAUUAUGAGACAGGGCCAACAAUUUUUGGAUGGAACCAUAGACUUGCUCAUGGAAGACAUGGAAGAUGACAAUGGCAAUCACCUUGAGAAAUGUAAAGUACAAGCUGUCACACGAAUGUUAUUGAUGCCAUCAAGAUCUGAGACAGAUAUCCUAAAAAGGAAAAUUGCAACAGGCCUUGCUGAUAAUCCGUUUAAGGCUCUAGUUAACUCUCAUCAGGACAGGCUUCUGUCCAGCAUUAAGCUCCUUCACUCAACUUACACGUCCAUCCCACGGACUCGAGCUCCACCGAUUGAUGGCCAAUGCUCAGACAGAAACUUUGCCUACCAAAUGAUGGAAGAAUUGCACCAACCCAGGGUCAAGAGGUUGUUAAUUGGGUUUGCACGCACAUCUGAAUUUAAUGGACCCAGAAAGCCAGAGGGUCCUCAUCCUUUAGUUCAGGAGAUUGAAUCUGAACUACCUGUUUCACAACCUGCUCUUCAGUUGACAUACAAGAUUUUCGGUUCUUGCCCCCCCAUGCAAAGCUUUGACCCUGCAAAGCUUCUUACGGAUUCUGGAAAGCUUCAAACACUUGAUAUUUUACUAAAACGAUUGCGAGCUGAAAACCACCGGGUUCUAUUGUUUGCACAAAUGACGAAAAUGCUAAAUAUUCUUGAGGACUACAUGAAUUAUAGGAAAUAUAGAUAUCUUAGACUUGAUGGGUCCUCCACCAUCAUGGAUCGUCGGGAUAUGGUCAGAGACUUCCAGCUUAGGAAUGAUAUUUUUGUAUUCUUGCUGAGUACCAGAGCUGGUGGGCUUGGUAUCAAUUUGACAGCUGCCGAUACUGUUAUUUUUUAUGAAAGUGAUUGGAAUCCUACACUAGAUUUACAGGCAAUGGAUAGAGCACAUCGGCUGGGCCAGACAAAGGAUGUUACUGUCUACCGGCUCAUUUGUAAAGAGACGGUUGAGGAAAAGAUUUUGCAAAGAGCAAGCCAGAAACAUACUGUGCAACAGCUUGUUAUGACAGGUGGUCAUGUUCAGGAUGAUCUCUUGGCUCCUGAGGAUGUGGUGUCCUUGCUUCUGGAUGAUGCCCAGUUGGAGCAGAAGUUGAGAGAAAUACCACUGCAGGCCAAGGAUAGACAAAAGAAAAAACCAACAAAGGCCAUACGGGUAGAUGCAGAAGGUGAUGCAACUUUCGAAGAUUUGACUGAAACUGUCACUCAGGGUACUGGAAAUGAACCAUCUGAGGACACAGAGAAAUUGAAAUCCAAUAACAAAAAGAGGAAAGCUGCUUCUGACAAGCAGACUACACCAAAGCCUAGGAAUUCACAGAAGAAUGAACUGAAUUCUACAUCAAUGGACUAUGAAUUGGACGAUCCUUUUCUAAAUGAUGAGCCACAGUCACAGCGACCCAAGAGGUUGAAGAGGCCAAAGAAGAGUGUAAAUGAGAAACUCGAACCAGCAUUUACUGCCACACUCCAAGUUGAUUCAUCGCAGAUGCAAUAUCCACAUGCAAAUAAUCUUCCUUCUACAUACUCAAACCCAUGAUUAUAAUAUGCAGUAAGAAGGUUGAAUCCAUUGAUGUGGCUGCAGGACUUUGUUCAACGCUUGGGUUGCCAGGCUCAUCUCAGAGGAGGCACCUUGAUUUCCACCUAUUGCGGCCAGGGCUAUAGAAGAAACUGGAGCAGCGUUGAGAAGAACCAAACCCAGCAACAUCGUAGUAUGUAUAUACAAUUUUUUGGAUUUGAGUUCUAGGUCAACUAAUUAUUACUACGGAUCUGAGUCUGUAUAGGCGGGUUUGCUCUUUGUUCCUUGUGUAGUAGUAUAUAUUCCAGGUCUUGUAAACCUAUUUGCCCACGACCAUAAAAUGUUGUGGGUCGAGGAACUAGACUUAAAGAAAUUUUUUAAUGGGCAAUCUUUUUUACAGCUC